AUGUCUGGCGGACGAUGCAAGCAACAUAGGAUUUUGCGCAUCCCGCAAGAGCCCAGAGAGACCUGGGCAAACCCGAAAUACGGGAACCAGGGAGCCCUGUGGCUCGGACUAUCCGACAAUACGACCGAUCUAGCUCUCGAGGUUCUCGCUUGUCAAUUUGUGGCACACAAAGUACCCGGUCAUUGUGAUCAGUUCUCACCGCGCAUUAAGAUCCGGAUCCCCCAAUCCCGCGUUGCCUUUGCGCAGCAUGAUUCGGCUCCACGCUAA